AUGGCCAAGGAUCCCCUCAUUCGAUUUAGUCACAUCGCAUACCAUCAACGGCUCCUGACCUCCUACGGAUCCGCGUUUUCCUCAUCCUCCCUCGUCCAACUCGCCAAAUCCGGUCUAUUCCGCCCGCCAUUCGCGCUGUCCGCGUUAGUAGCACCACCCGUUAACAGGAUCGGUUCGUCUGCCGUCAGGUCAUCGUUAUUGCACUCAGCAGUAACCUCGGGAUCAUCAGCAGCGGCAGGCAGAGCGGGAGGAGGUUCGGGGUCGUCAGUACGGCCGGAUAGGGGAUUUAAACUGCACCUGCCCAAGCAUGGUCCGCAUAAGCUGCUUCCGCGUCCCCCAGCGCGCGGGAAGGCGAAACCCGCAGCUCCCCCCCCACCCGCGCCCAGUUUCCGCGGAUCUGGCGCCGUCCCCCGCUUCUCCGCCCCCAGUGCUGGCCCCAGCGGGGCCGCUGGCCCUUCGAGUUCCGCUGCCCGUUCCGCCCACCGCCCCGCCCCCCGCCCCUCCCCCCGCGCCCUCCCUCACUCCCCCGCCGCUAGGCAGCUGGGUGUUGAGUUAGAUCAGACCACCGGUGCACCCAGCGCGGGAUUUAAGGAGGAGGAGAAAUAUCCAGAGCAUCUCCCCCCACCCCGACCUGUGACCUGUCCUUACCCGUGCACUCAGUUCACCGGUGGGCCCAGCGCAGGCUUUAAGGAGGAGGAGUGGCAGCAGCAGCUGGCGCUGUUUGCUGGCGACAGUGGGAGGAGGGAGAUGGUUCUCACGGGCAAGGAGAGCCGGCGCUACGAGCAGGACAUAAAAAGGAUUGCUGCUCAAUUCCGCCUUCACAGUCGCAUGCACAACUCGUCUGUCGUCCUCAGCAAGGACUUUCUGCCUCUCACGAGUCGCAUGUACAACAAGUCCCUCGUCCUAAGCAAGGACCCUCUGCCACACUACCGCCCAGAGCUCGACUCUCGGCGGCCGCAGCGACAGCUGAGUUUCCCGCCGGAGAUUCUUGAAGCAAUUGACAGAGUGGUGGCGGAUGUGAAGGCGAAGCGCGAGAGAGAGGAGAGCGAGAGGGAAGAGAGGGAGAGGGAAGAGAGUAAAGCUGCUUUAGCUGCUGCUGGUGGUGUUGGUGGAGAGAAGCAAGGCGUGGCAGGGCGAGGGCUGACGGGGUUGCAAGGGGCCAAGGGCGAGGAGGAGGAGGGGGGGGACGAGGAGGAUGGGGGGGAGGAAGAAGAGGGGGGCGCGGUUCGUGGUGGAGCGAGGGAGGAAGCGGAGGAGGUGGAGGAGAGGAGGAGAUGGCAGUUGUGGAGGAUCAAUGAGAGCUUGAAGCGAAGACAGCAACAAUGGCAGGCAUCACCGGAAGGGGCAUCCAUGCUGGCGUUGAGACAGAGCCUGCCCGCGUGGAAGGAGCGAGAGCGGCUGCUACAGGCCGUGCGAAAUAACCAGGUGGUUGUUUCGGCCAAAACAGGGUGUGGCAAGACAACAGGGUGUGGCAAGACAACAGGGUGUGGCAAGACAACAGGGUGUGGCAAGACAACACAGCUGCCUCAGUACCUUCUGGAAGAGGCAGUGGAGUCGGGAGAAGGAGUGCAGAGCUCUUCCAUUGGAACUGAACAACCUUUCAGUUCCCCUCCCACUGGCAUGCCAUGUCAUGCCACAGGUGGUGGUGGUGUCCAGCGAGACGGAGUGUUUCAAGUCCACGCAGCUGCCACAGUAUCUGCUGGAAGACGCAGUGGAGUCGGGGCAGGGAGCACAGAGCUCCAUGUCCCACACCCAGAGCAAUGCUUUGUUCAAUCAGUUGCCACCGUGUCCUGUCGUGCCCUGCCGCUACAGGUGGUGGUGGUGUCUGGCGAGACGGGGUGUGGCAAGACCACCCAGCUGCCGCAGUACCUGCUGGAAGAUGCUGUGGAGUCGGGGGAAGGAGCACAGAGCUCCAUCAUUUGCACCACCUUUCCAUUCCCCUUCCCUCCCGUCCCACUGCCAUCCCAUUCCAUGCCACAGGUGGUUGUAGUGUCGGGCGAGACGGGGUGUGGCAAGACCACCCAGCUGCCGCAGUACCUGCUGGAAGAUGCCGUGGAGUUGGGGGAAGGGGCGCAGAGCUCCAUUAUAUGCACUCAGCCCCGGAGGAUAUCGGCGGUGGCGGUGGCAGAGAGGGUGGCUGCUGAAAGAGGGGAAAGCAUUGGACAGUCGGUGAGUGCUCUGAGUCAACCCAAGCUAGCUAAAGUCAAGGGGAAGAAAGGCAGGGCAGGGAGCGCAGUGCUCCGUCAUUUGCACACAGCCUUGGCGGAUAUCGGCAGUGGCAGUGGCAGGGAGGGUUGCUGUCGAAAGAGGGCAAUAGGUGCUCUAGAGGCAAAGGGUAUUGAGAGGGGCAGGGCAGGGAGUGCAGUGCUCUAUCAUUUGCACACAGCCGUGGCUUGGCGGGUAUCGGCAGUGGCAGUGGCAGAGAGGGUUGCUGCUCAAAGGGGGGAGAGCAUUGGGCAUAGGUGGGGUACCAAGUACGUUUGGAGACGCAUAGGAGCAGGGCCACGCACAUGCUGUUCUGCACCACCGGUGAGGGAGAGGGGUGCUGCUGAGACGACUGCGUUUGAUGUCUCCCCCCCCCCCCCCCCACUUCCACUGCCUCUCACCACAAACAAACUCCCCUUCCUUUUCACUUACCAGGUGGGGUACCAGGUGGGGUACCAGGUGGGGUACCAAGUGCGGUUGGAAGCGCGCAGGAGCAGAGCCACCCACCUGCUGUUCUGCACCACUGGCGUGCUGCUGAGACGACUGGCGUCUGACCCGCUGCUGACAGGCGUGACUCAUAUUGUGGUGGACGAGAUUCACGAGCGGGGCAUGAAUGAAGACUUCCUCCUCAUUGUUUUGAGAGACCUGCUCCCCCGCCGGCCCGAUCUAAAGCUUGUGCUCAUGAGCGCUACGCUCAACGCGGACCUCUUCUCGCACUACUUCAGUGGCGCGCCCACCCUGCACAUCCCGUUGAAGGAAUUGUCUGCGGCCGGCAUAUCCCUCUCAGUGCCACUGACCGCCACUCUCAACGCGGACCUCUUCCCGCAGUACUUCAGCCGUGCUCCCGCACUUCACAUCCCAGUGAGUGCUGUUGGCAGUGGAAGGUGGCAGUAG